AUAAGCUUCUUUCCCUUCUCUCAUUCUCUCUCUCACUCGCGUCUUCGAGGUUCUCAGCGAAGUCGUAAAAGUGUUUGGUGUGCUGCUUGAAAAAGGUUUGUGUUGUUAGGGUUUCACAAGAUGGAGGGCAUGCAUAGCUUCUGGCAAUUGGGUGAUGAACUUCGUGGUCACUCAAAGUCAUCUGAGGAUCACAAAUGGUUGAUGGUUGCUUCUAAAUUGGCUGAGCAGACAAGAUCAAAGGGAGAACGAGUGAAUAACUUAGAUCUCUCAAAGGGCGCUAUUGAACCAAAGCCAAGAGAUAAAUUUGGGUUCCAGGAGGAGAACAAGUUUGACACACUUAACUUAAGCAUGCUAAAUCUGGACUCGAAAGUUACUGAAAAUGUGAGCAAAAGCUCGCUACGGAACAGUGCUUACAAUAUUAAUGCUGUGUACCACAAAAGCAAUGCAAACUUGGUGGGAAACUUGAACAGCAACAAGUAUAGUGCUAAUAUUCCGCACAACAAAGAGUCCAACAAUAACAGCAAUAUCAAUAACAACAAUGAAAACAACAAUUCAAAUGCAGCUGACAAAAGGUUUAAGACCCUACCUGCAGCAGAGACACUCCCACGUAAUGAAGUGCUUGGGGGAUACAUCUUUGUCUGCAAUAAUGACACAAUGCAGGAAGACCUCAAACGUCAGCUAUUUGGUUUGCCUCCAAGAUAUCGAGAUUCUGUUCGGGCCAUAACACCAGGAUUACCUCUUUUUCUGUAUAACUAUACUACUCACCAACUGCAUGGCAUUUUUGAGGCAGCAAGUUUUGGUGGUUCUAACAUAGAUCCAACUGCAUGGGAGGACAAAAAGUGCAAAGGCGAGUCAAGGUUCCCAGCUCAGGUGAGAAUCCGUGUCAGGAAAGUCUGUAAGGCAUUGGAGGAAGACGCAUUCAGGCCAGUGUUGCAUCACUAUGAUGGUCCAAAGUUUCGUCUUGAGCUGUCAGUUCCAGAGACUCUGGAUUUGAUGGAUCUAUGUGAACAAGCUGGUUCGGCUGCAUAAGCAAACAACCGAAUAUGCAACAAAAAAGAAAAAAGGAUGGUAAGGCUUGGUGUGACAGCUGUGUGCUUUUUCACAGAUUUUCCAUGAAGCGUAAGCUUGGAAAGCCAGUUACGUGUUGAGUGUUGAGAAGCUGCUGAAUAAAUGAUGUGGUGUCCACAUGAAGAUGCGUUGUAGCUUAAGCUUUUGCAUGACAUUUUAAAUGUAUGAUUAAGUACAGACCUGCUAUGAAAUCAUAGAGAUGGCUGUCUGUACCAAGUAAAGUGUUAUAUAUUUCUGUUAAAACCAAAGAAGAAAAAAGUGGUGUUUUUUGUAAGAUUAUCAAAUAUUAAGUUGCUUGAAGUGAAUUUUUACUUACUGUCA